GGGCUCGGGGAGGGCUCAGGCCCGGGAAGCGGGCGGGUUUCUGAGUGCUGGGCGCGCCUGCGUGUGUGCAAGUGUGCGCGUGUGAGUAAGUGUGACCCGAAGUUGCCCGGCGCGCAGGAGGAAGUAGCGAGCCCCGGGAGUUUGGGCUCGGGCUCCGGCCGCGCCAGGGGCGGCCCCCGGCCCCUCCCCGCCGCGGCGCGAACUUUCCGGCGAGCCGGCUCGGGGCAGCCUGCGCGCGCUGCCGGCCAUGAAGGGGCGCCUCGCCGCCCGGGGGAGCUGGCGCAGCCGGGGCUGCGCGCUGCUGGGCGCCCUCGUGGUAGCCUACACGGUGGUGGCGCUGUGCGGGUCCUCGCUCCGCGCGCCGGCGGGAGACUUGCUCCCCUCCGGCAGGUGGGAGGGGGGCGGUCCCGGCCGCGGGGAGAAGGCAGAAGACUUGGCCCAGCCCCUGUACCCGAAGCCCCCGCCGGACCCCGGGGCGCUGGGCGAGUGGGGAGAGGCGAGCCACCUCCAGCUGCAGGGCGAGGAGCAGAAGCAGGCCGACGAGCUCCUGGAAAGGUAUGCCAUUAACAUCUACCUGAGUGACAAAAUCUCCCUGCACCGGCACAUCCGCGACGAUCGCAUGUACGAGUGCCGGCUCAAGAGCUACGACUACCGCCGGCUGCCCACCACCUCGGUCAUCAUCGCUUUCUACAACGAAGCCUGGUCCACGCUGCUGCGGACUCUCCACAGUGUCCUGGAAACUUCCCCCGCCGUCCUCCUGAAGGAGGUCAUCCUGGUGGAUGACUUGAGUGACAAAGUUUAUUUGAAAGCUCAGCUGGAAACCUACAUCAGCAAUCUGCAAAGAGUUCGCCUGAUUAGAACCAAGAAGCGGGAGGGGCUGGUCAGAGCCCGGCUCAUUGGAGCGACUUUUGCCACCGGGGAGGUGCUCACGUUCCUAGACUGUCACUGUGAGUGUAACUCCGGCUGGCUGGAGCCGCUGCUGGAGAGAAUUAGUCAGGAUGAGACCGUGAUCAUUUGUCCUGUCAUAGACACGAUUGAUUGGAAUACUUUUGACUUCUACAUGCAGGAAGGGGAGCCUGUGAUUGGGGGAUUUGAUUGGCACUUAACUUUCCAGUGGCAAGCAGUUCCUGAGCACGAAAGGAGAAGGUGGAAAUCCAGAAUCGACCCCAUCAGAUCCCCCGUUAUGGCAGGAGGGCUAUUUGCUGUCAGUAAAAAGUAUUUUGAAUACCUGGGCACUUAUGACACAGGGAUGGAAGUAUGGGGUGGUGAGAACUUGGAGUUGUCAUUCAGAGUAUGGCAGUGUGGAGGGGCCCUAGAGAUCCAUCCCUGUUCCCACGUAGGGCACGUCUUCCCAAAAAGAGCCCCCUACGCCAGGCCCAAUUUCCGACAGAACACAGUUCGGGCUGCAGAGGUGUGGAUGGAUGACUAUAAAGAGCACUUCUAUAAUCGCAACCCUUUAGCGAGGAAGGAAACUUAUGGUGAUGUGUCUGAAAGAAAAUUAUUGAGAAAAAGGUUGAAUUGCAAGAGUUUUGACUGGUAUUUGAAAAAUGUAUUUCCUGCAUUACGAGUGCCAGAGGAUCGACCUGGCUGGCAUGGGGCUAUUCGCAGUGCUGGAAUCUCUUCAGAAUGUCUCGAUUACAAAUCUCCAGAACGAGAUCCCACAGGAGCUCAUCUGUCUCUGUUCGGGUGUCACGGGCAAGGAGGCAAUCAGUUUUUCGAGUAUACCUUAAAGAAAGAGUUCCGCUUCAGUGUCCAGACUGAAUUAUGUAUGGUGGUCCCCAGACAGAAGAAUUAUGUUGGAAUGCAGUACUGUCCUAAACAGGGGUCCUCUGUUCCUGAAGAGAUUAUUUGGCAUUUUAAAGAAGAUGGAACAAUUUAUCAUCCUCAAUCUGGCAUGUGUCUGAGUGCUUACCGGACAUCGGAGGGUCGGCCUGAUGUCCAAAUGAGAACUUGUAACACUGUUGAUAAAAAUCAAAUUUGGAGCUUUGAGAAGUAGAAUGGACACAGGCACACUUGUGUUUAAAAUUUGUGGUUGCCUGAAGCAGCCUCGCUAAAGAUUGUAUUUUGUUAAAAAGUUAUUCAGAUGUUGACCAAGAUCAUUCCAGAAAAGUUGUUUCAUGAUCUUGUCUAAUACACUAGAAUUGGUGGGGGGCCCAAAACCACUUUUCAUAUAGUAGAUGCCUUAUGGACUGAAUUCAUUUUCUAAGCCCAACUUGACCCCUCUUUCCCUCCUCUUUGGAUGAAUUCAUUACAUAGUGAGAGAACCUCAGAGGCUUUAAAUUCCAAACUUACAAUUCAAGAAAUCAAGAAUCAGCAGUAUGAGAUGUGGCUUGGAGUAAUGCAUAAAUUACUGACAUUUGAAAAUUAUGUGCAGUGUGAUUACACUAAAACUGCCCUGGUAAAUAUAAGACUUUUAUUUCAUCCAUCAGUUUGAAUUUUAGACUUCUGUUUAAAAAAAAAUGGAGUGGAAGAGUGUACCAUUGACUUUUGUUUGAGUGUUUAACCAUAGUUCUAAAGCAUUUGAAUAAGUCAGUUUUGGAAUUAUGCAAUUUAAUGCUUAGACAUUUCUAGAAAUAGGUGUCUGAAUGGAAUGGAGAGAUCUGUUUUUUUUGAGUCACCACAUUUACUUGGUACCUCUUGUUCCGGCUUGAUAAGCAAUCCUGAUAAUAAAUUCCUUUAUACAUGUGUACACGUAAUCAUUCCCUUGAUGCAAUUCUUUCAUUUCAUAAAUAGGGGAGAGUCAAGGGGAUUGUUCUCCUCCCCCUCCCUCCCUUUUUUUGGUUAAUGUUUAAUCAUUUAAAGUAAACACAGUGGAAAUGUCCCUGAACCUAAGUCCAACAAUAUUUACUGUGUGAAUUUGAAAGUAAAUACAAUUUGACUAGAAUAUCUGUAGCACUCUUAAAUCCUUAUGGUUGUCAGUUAGGAAAAUGAACUAUUUCUUAGCACUGCAAUCUUCAAAUUAUUUUUCAUCUUUCCUGACAUAUAUAUGUGUCGCUGAGCGACAUCUCUCUAUCAUCUAUGAAGCUUGAAAAGGAUUGUUUUUGUUUAUAAAUAUUAAAUGAGCUGAGCUCAGUUAAACUUAUGUUUUGGUUGGGGAAAUGAAUGUUAGCUACGUAUAGUUAAUCAAUCACUUUGUUUAUGUGGUUUUUAAUAACUGUUGAACAAACUUUCUAAUUUCUAAAGUAAUCUUUUGGAUAAAGAAUAAGAAGUGUUUCCUGAAUUAAAUUAUUUGAGAAACAAUGAAGCAUUGAAAAUUAUAUUUUCACUAUUAAAGAAACUUUGUCUAUUUUUAUUUGUCUUGUUUCUUAAUAUGAGACUAUAAAUAGGGUGAAAAUGAGUUCCUAAUUUAUAAAGAAUCAGUGUUAGACACAAUUUUUAAACUUGAGGUUUAUACUUCUCUUAAAAAAAAAAAAAAAAGUUUACCCAGAAAGAAAGAUCCAGUUCACUUUAUGUUGGCAAAGUAAGACUCUUCUAUGAUGAAGAUAAGAAAAUUGCAUGAUCUUUAUAUGUUUGGGUAUUCAGCUGUCAAUCCAAAUUUGGUGUCUUGAGUUGCAGUUUUCAAUAAUUCAUGAAAGAAUGUUGAAGUGUUUUACUCUACUGUAAAAGGUGAAUAAAUGGCUUUCUGAUCAGUUAAAA